AUGUCCGAUGAUCGACUUUUUACAACGAGCUACAGAUAUGAAGUUCCUAGCUCAAAUGCACAAUUUCUUCGCAAAUCGCUAGCAUUGCAGCGGUCGCGAAUUGAGGUAAGAUCACAUUCCGAAAACCCGAACUUUGGAGGUUCUUCUCUCAAUAAUGAAGAAACAAAAACUACUACUAGACUACUGCAUCUCUCGACCUCUCUAGACCUCUCCUCUUUAUGGCUCCUUUUUAUAACCACUGGAAAUGUACAUUAACACCUUUUCACUGCCAGAAGUCUUGGAAGUUGGUUCUAACUUUCCGGUCUAAGGACACAUUGCUGUGGUGUGACCAUCCAGACGAAAUCUUUUCAGCAGUACUUUGUCAUGGUACUAUUCAUUUGUUAGUAUGAUUAACUUUUGAGUCUGCGGACGGCAAAAUUCUGUGGAGUGAACAUUCAAAUGAUUUCAGCUUUGGUAGUUAAGUGCUUGGAGAAAUUAAAGGAUUUAAUUAAGCGUACAAUGUGCUAGGCUUGAUUACCACCAUAGAUAGCUGCGAAAUUCGAACCUAACAAUGCACAUAAUUUAACUAAUCUUAGUCUAAACUCACUUUGCCUUGUCGUUUUUAACAGACAGAUGAAAAGAUUGCAAGUCGUAUAGACGCAGAAAACAAGUGCGUAUAAGACGCUCAUACAUUCUGAAUCUUUCUUAAUCAAUCAACAUUUGGCCGGGGAAGGAAUGAGGGGGGCCAAUGUAAUUGAAGAGGCAAGCUCUCUCCACAAAAAAUAAAGAAAAGCAAAACAAACAAACAAAACCACUAAAAACGCUUAUUGUUGGUUUGUAACCGCGCCCUUGAAAAUAACGAUUUGAUUUGAUACUUUACAGUCAAUAAAUCUUCACUCGAUUUACGGCCUUUAAUCACAUGAAGGAGAAUAAGACUAUUAAAGAAGAAGAGACAGAGAGAUGCAUGAUUCACGAGAGGCGGUGCAGAAACUGAAAAAACCAUCACGGCGAAUUGGCUUUCACCUGAUUUCACCUUGAUACGGAACGUUUCCAUGCUUCCUAAUGUGUGUUGGUUUAUUUCCCCUUAGGGUUGCCAGCGAAUUGGAGAGGGCGCGAUGGUUUACCAGCUUAGAAGAGGUACAGUUAUUUUUGCUAUGUCGUCUAGUACGACCAAUCGAGGCACUGCACAACAUUGAUUCCACAGUUUCCAGAAAUUGUGAUUGAUGCGAUCGAUUGAUAGUCAAACCUUUGAUAGUCAUCGACCAAAAAAACUAACUCUUUUGAAUUUGCUUUUCAAACUGAUAUGCCAUUUUUUGGAGUUGAUAUCUCAUUGCAGUGUAAUUCAUGUUUUCAACAGGAUAGUGAAAAAAGAAGAGAGAAAAGGAAUUCUGAAAUGAUGGACAGUGAGCUUAAGAUGGCAAACGAAGAGUUCAUGAAGGUAUCAAAAUAAGUAUCACUAUGAAGAGUAUAUAUCCACCUGUUCGUGUUGGUGGUUAGUAGGGACUUUAAUAUCCAACGACGCGGACGACAACGAGAACGUCAAAAAAACAAUAGGUUUAAUUAGCAAAACCGCAAUUUCGCACGUGCAUCACACUUUUUUGUACCUUUCUUCCCCGUUUUUGCACGACUGCGACGUGAAAAUGCCUAAUUUCGCGUUUUAUGGAGGACAUAAACAAACAACGACGAAAUUUUAUUUCUCUUUUUGAGCUUGGCUAUGGUCCCUUGAAAUUCAGCUUCAGGAGGGUUCGCCUACAAUUGACAAAGUAAGUGGGUAGGAAUAAUCGCUAUAAGACUGAAAGAACGCAUAUUCACUUUUUAAGCGACGUUCUUGUCGCCGUCGCGUCGUUGGAUCUUAAAGUCCCUAAUCUCUUUUCAGCGUCUGUUUGGUCGAAUUACAUUUAAAUACAGUAGGCCCUUUGCAGCACUGGGACAGAAAAAAAAAAGAAAGAUCGCAUCAUUUGAAAUCGUAAUUUACUUACUUUUUCUCCAAGUGCUUCUCUUGCUCUCCAGCCUGAAAAAACAUGGAGGUUUUGCAACCUCGUUCAGGGUUCUCUCGAGGUAAGGAAGAGAAAUGGGCAUAUUUUUUCCUUUUGAAUUUAGUUCGGCCGCAGUAAAGAUCAGCGUCUGAAUCAAAUUAGCUGACCUAACUUAUUUUGAGUUGGCCUAAAUUUACCAGGCCUUACACAGUUACAAACAAUCCUUACAUUUUAAUAAAGACAAAGCUUGGUCUUAUAGGAUAACGUUUUCGGUUUGAAUCUAGUUUGGUCGCGUCCAUUCUUGGUAAAACAAGGAGGAAAUCCGAGGGACCUAAUAUUAAUCACCUCUUACAAAGUGGUUUCGAGCGGGUAAUGAUCAGCACUUACUCGCCUCUGGCCUAUCCGGGUAAUGUUUGCUUAUGGAAUCCGAAAUCCUUGGCCUUGGAAUUCUAACUACAGCUCAAGGAAUCCAGAAUCCCACUAACGAUUGGAUUCCAGAAUCCAAGUUCCACUGACCAAGACUGUAAUCCAUUACCUGGAAUCCGGACUCCAACGCGUGGAAUCCACAAUUAAUCCAAGACUGGUUUGGAUUCCAUUACAUAGGGCAAACUUACAAUUAUCGAUACUUCACAUUCAAGCAAGUAUCGAUGCUCUUUCGUUGAUCCAAAUACCGAUUAAUAUUAUAAAUUGACGUUUUUUUAUUUCCUGUUCACUGUAGGUCCGACGAGCACAGUUGCAAAAGUUACUACUGGACGAACAUCUGCAGUUCGAAAAAGAACUCAACGGCACAGGGAAAGCUUUCUAUAAAAAGAGAAUUUAG